AUAACGGUCAUUACCAAUUAUCCUUGGUUUUCUGUGUGCUGCACUUGGGUCCACCAUCGACUUGUUGUGAGAACAACGCCAAGUACUACAAGUUCUAUAAAGCCAAGUACUACAACGCCAAGUACUACAAGUUCUAUAAAGCCAAGUACUACAACGCCAAGUACUACAAGUUCUAUAAAGCCAAGUACUACAACGCCAAGUACUACACGUUCUAUAAAGCCAAGUACUACAACGCCAAGUACUACACGUUCUAUAAAGCCAAGUACUACAACGCCAAGUACUACACGUUCUAUAAAGCCAAGUACUACAACGCCAAGUACUACAAGUUCUAUAACGCCAAGUACUACAACGCCAAGUACUCCAAGUUCUAUAAAGCCAAGUACUACAACGCCAAGUACUACAAGUUCUACAACGCCAAGUACUCCAAGUUCUAUAAAGCCAAGUACUACAACGCCAAGUACUACAAGUUCUAUAACGCCAAGUAAUACAAGUUCUAUAACGCCAAGUACCACAAGUUCUAUAAAGCCAAGUACUACACGUUCUAUAAAGCCAAGUACUACAACGCCAAGUACUACAAGUUCUACAACGCCAAGUACUCCAAGUUCUAUAAAGCCAAGUACUACAACGCCAAGUACUACAAGUUCUAUAACGCCAAGUAAUACAAGUUCUAUAACGCCAAGUACCACAAGUUCUAUAAAGCCAAGUACUACAAGUUCUAUAAAGCCAAGUACUAGAAUAGGUACAACACAAACUUCUAUAAGUACAAGUGAUUCUGAUUCUGAUACUACAAAGCCAAGUACAGAGACAAGCAACUCAACAAGUGCCCUUAAAGAACAAUCAUUCACAGGUAGCUCUCGUUGCUCUUGUGUGUGUGACAAUAGCCGUGAACUUCAUAGCGCUGGUGAUCGUCUCUCUGCAAGUUGGAUCCAUUCCUGAACUGUAAGUUCAACUCUUCACUUCUUCUGCCUGAAUAUUUGACUCGAGCCAAACAUCAACACUUUGUGAACAACUGUUUUUGUUUCUCUUUUGUUCUGUUCAAGAAAGAAGAUGUGUGACCUUACUGUCAAAGUGUGUUCUGUCAUCCAUUGGAUUUCUACAUCAGAUUGUAACCUUUAAACCAGUAAACUUCACAGCAUUAACUUCUCUCUGUGAGGAGACUUGUUAAAUGACUUCAAAGCAGUAGUUUGACAUUUUUGGAAAUACUCUUAUAUGCAUUCUUGCCAGUAAAUUCAUCCGCCCAAGUAAGCGAAAGUAUGCAUGUGUGCAGCCCAAAAUCUGGGACAACACGGACGGUGCUACAAGCGUACCGACCGUGCAUGUGCUACAAAAACUAGACGCUUGUGUCUUUUUAAAAAGCUUUUUCAUGUUGUUUAGCCAAAUACAACACUCAAAAUAGCUCAUCCUCUUAGUGUCAGGAUGUUGCCAUUAUUUGUUUCUAUUGCACAAUACUAAACCACUCUCUUAACCUAAAUGUCUACAGCCAGAUGCUAGUUAGCAUAGCUUAGCACAAAGACUGGACACAGGGGGUAACAGCGCUACAAUUAGUUUUUUAUACGGAUGAAACUAAUGAGAUAUAACAUGUUGAAAGGUGAGCUUUAGAUGUGUUAUCAGGUGGAGCUUUAGACAGAGCCAGGACUGAUUCCCUCUGUUUUCAGGCUUUAAGCUAAAGCUGAGUGAACCAGCUGCUGCUGCCUUACAUUUAUCAGACACAUAUGAGAGAAGUAUCUUCUCAUUUAACUUUAAGCAAAAAUGCAAAUAAGCACAUUUCCCAACAUGUUGUCAUAAGAUGUCACACUUCAACUUUAGACACUUGGACCUUAAAUCUUUAAGAAAAAAAGAGGCAAACCUCAGAAACCUCCUUCCGUGACUGUCAGGUGUGCAGUGGAUGCCAAAGAACUCGGCAGACCGAAGGAGGAAGUUAGAAAGAAGCAAUCGAAGUUCACGGCUUGAACCCACACACAUGCACAGCUGCACGAUUAAUACAAAUACUAGUUUCACUUUACUGCUGCUUAGAGCUGUGUGUCAGAUUGCUCUCAUAGUUUGUUGGUUUCCCAACAGUAAUAAAGAUGCAGCAAAGCCAAACGUAAGCAUUAUAAUGAUCCGUGUCCAGAUUAUAUAAUGUCGUUAUCUAAAAAGCUGAUCAGCGGGUCUGACUUGGUUUUACAAAGGCUGCCAUGUAUUUUAAAUACCUUUUCAUUAUUAUUAAAAUGUUAAAGUUUAUGUGAUAUGUAAAACAUGGUACAAACCAGGUCGGACAUUGUAAUGGUCAUUUUUUAUCUUGUCUUGUAAUGUCCUAUUCUUCAUAUGCUCAUCUUAUGUUUGGGACCAGAGCACACUGUGGUCAUGUCCCCCUUGUAUUCUUGUAUCUCUACAUGUGUCAGCUUGUAUCUCUUGUAUCAGCUGGAUGUGCGUAGUUGCACAGCCGAUUGUCUGUAAACAUUGUCACCCACUUGGUGACGAUAUAGUCUAAUUGUAUUCUCUGUUCGUUGAACUUCACUGCAGACUGCUUGACACUUUGUUGUUCCAUUCUUGCAAGAAUAAAGAGCUCACUUCUUUAA